UUAAAAAAUUUCAAAGAUCGUUUGAAAAACAAAGUUUUUGCCAGCGAAGUUUUUGGAUGUUGAUUAUUUCUGCAACACAGAAGCAGCAGUUUGAAUUUUAAAUAAACUGUGAUAUUAAGUGCUGCAGUAUGCGCGAGAGUCUCCGUCGGCUCGCGUCAGACGAUGGCAUGGAGCGGCGCGGGCGCAUCGCCGGCACCCGGCGCGUGCGCGUCGAGCUCAUGUUGGCGGAGCACAUUACUAUUGAUGUUGAUCGUAAAGCUCGGGGCUCCGACCUGCUGGACAAGAUCUGCGACUCCUUGGAUCUGGUAGAGAGAGACUACUUUGGACUACUGUACACACAGCGAGGGGAUCCUAGGGUCUGGGUAGACCUCAACAGGAGACUGUCUAAGACUUUCAAAAACGAACCUUGGGACGUGAGGUUUGCAGUGAAGUUUUACCCGCCGGAGCCGAGCGAGCUGAAGGAUGACGCCACCAGGUACCAGAUAGCGCUGGCCGUCAGACGAGAUCUCAUGGAAGGUCGGUUGACUUGCUCGCAGAUAACAUAUGCGCUGCUGUCAUCAUACGUGCUGCAGGCGGAGCUGGGCGACCGCGGCGACUGCAGCGACAUCUGCGCCGCGCUGCACCAACACUGCGCCGCACCACUCAACGUCAUCACGCCAGAACUCGAGGCUAACAUCGACGAACUCUACCGGAAACACAAAGGCCAGUCCCCAGCGGAGGCGGAGCUGAACUACCUGGAGACGGCGAAGCGCCUCGCGCAGUAUGGCGCCGAGCUGCACGCCGCGCUCGACUGUAACGCCGUCCCCAUCGCGCUCGCCGUCUGCCAUGCCGGGGUCGCCGUCUAUAGGGACGGACUCCCAAUGAACCGGUUCCCCUGGGCCAAGAUCACGAAGAUCAGCUACAACAAGCGUCAGUUCACGCUGCGGCUGCGGGCGGCCGACUUCGAGGAGUUCGAGACUCUGCUCAGCUUCAGGCUCGCCUCCACCUCCGCAUGCAAGAAGCUCUGGCGAUGCAGCGUCGAGCAUCACAUGUUCUUCAGACGCGAAUAUCCGGUAACAGUAGAACGUAUCCCCGGUUUUGCCCGGCUGGGGUCUCGCCGCUUAUCCUGCAGACGGACGCUGCGUCAGAUGAGAGCCGAAUCCGACAACACGCCUACGGCAGCCUGACAUCGCAUCAACCGUGCCAUUGGGAUACCAUCGACCACUGUUUUAUGAACACACUAGAUAAUGCCGCGCGGUUUCACUCGCUGUUUUGUAACAUAUUUGGAAUAUAUUUGUUACAUAAUUGACAUACCUCUCUGUAAUAUAAAAAAUUGACACAUUUUUUAAAAACUUGCAGUUUUUCUAGUAGUAAUUAUAUUUCUAUUGGAAAAUAUUAUCUAAAGAUAAAAUACACUUGAGAUAUUUCUAAGUGUGGGAGAGCCAUGCUUCGCCACGAAUGGGUCGGCUCGACCGGAGUGAUA